UGAAAUCCGACGAGAAGUGUUGUCGGUACUCUACUGGUCAUAUAAGAUAUAUAAAUUAGUUGGAAAUCCCGUUAUUCACUCAGGAUAAUCAAUCAGUAAACCAUGGAUUCUUCCCUCAUGAAGGAGUAUAAAUCCUUCAAAGCUAGAAGUAUGAAACAACCGACUGUCGAAUCGAAAAAAUCGAAACCAUCAGGUGGAGAACACAAGUCAAAACCGAAAGUCCCAAAGAGUAGUUAUUUGCCAAAGGAAUUGUUACAGCCAAAGAAACCGGUCAGCCCUUCUCCUGAUUAUAAAACACAUGCUUUUAGAAGCAAGCACAAGUUUGCUGUGCUUGCGGCUAUCGUGGACUUCAUGAAACGGCGUCAUCUUCAAAGAGAGUUUGAUCCGUUGAGUUUGGAUGAGAUACUCGAUCAAAUUAAAUACACUGACAUCAACCAAGGUGACAAAGCUUGGUUGGGCAAUGAAGCUUUGAAAGAAAACUCUAAACUCAUUCAUAAAGAUGGUAAGUUUGUCUUCAAACCGAAGUAUCACAUAAAGGACAAAAAACAGCUUCUGAGGCUUCUAGAGCGGCACGAAGAUUCGGGUUUAGGCGGAAUUCUUCUUGAUGACAUACGGGAAAGUUUGCCGGACGCUGAUGAAGUCAUAAAAUCAGUUGGACGUCGGAUCAUGUUCAUUACGCGCUCAACUGACAAAAAGGUUAUCCUCUUCUUUAAGAAUGACCAACAUCAACUUAAAGUUGAUGAGGAAUUCCAGAAGCACUGGCGAGGAGUCUCAGUGGAAGGGAUUGGUGAAAAUGACAUUGAAAAGUAUCUUAUUAAAGCUGGGAUCACAACAAUGCAGGACUCUGGAAUCAGAAGGCCACAACAGACACAACAGAAGAGGAAAGCAAAUCGGAAACGAAAUUUCAAGAAACUGAACACUCAUUUAGAUGAGAGCACCUUGAAGGAUUAUUCAGAAAACUAAGUUAAAUAAAUGUUACAGAAAGCUUCAAAUUUCGAAAUUUAAACUACAUAGUUUGAUUUCCUGGCUGGCAUGAUUCAAGUUGUCUGGUUAGACCUAUCUUAACCACCCCCCCCCCCCCCCCCAAGUCAUGAGGGAAUGACACUCAUGGUCCACUUGAAGAAAUGAGAGCAUUUUCUGCCCUCUCUCUGCUUUCAGAUUCCCUUUUCAAUGUAGUCCUUCCCUGUUAUGCUUCUAAUUGGAACAAAGGCAACCUUCACCAUAUUUUGAUCUUGAUAACUUUCAACCUUUCUCAGGACUCAUCUCCACCAUUAAGCAGACUACAUGUUUAACCAUUUUAUUCCCAAGAUAAGAUUGUUACUUCUCCCCUCAAGCAAGUAACAAGAAUUUGGUGAAAGACCAAGAUAAUUUCUCCCUGAUAAGUUAGAGUAUUCUUAUAGCCUAUAUGCUGGAUAAUAUGUGAUUACUUUAGAGAGAAGUUGCUGCUUGUCACUUCUGGGAGUUGAUGGGUUUACUUUACGAUGAUGUUGUGUAUACUGCAUUUUGUGUGAGCAGCACAAGUAACAAAUCUCCAAGUACAGCUUUUGUAAUCAUAAUUAAGUUAUGCUUUCCUUACAAAAGUAUGGUCGUAAUUAUAACUACAAGUAUAUCAAAAUAAAUGGUGUACAACUAUUCCCUGAUUUUGGCUAAAUGUGUCUUAGCUGAAUGUAUUGUCAAAGAGAUUUAUCAUGCAACAAAUU